AUGUCGAAUAUUCCGAAUGUUCCCGAGGAGAUUAAAAAUUAUUUGAUGGAAGCUUAUCAAUUAGCACAGCAGUGGAAACUUCCAAAUGGUCGAGGAAGUUUCGAAAAUGCCGAAGCUAGCGAAAUAAAGAAUGCUGCUGUGAUUGGCGGAGGAACAAUGGGUCGAGGAAUUGCUAUUUCAUUAUGCUUGGCUGGUUAUCAAACAGUUCUUGUUGAAAAUAAUGAGAACGCGUUGGAAUGGUGUAGAAAUGAGCUGGAAAUCACAUAUGAACGGGAGAAACAAUAUAAGCGAUUGAAUGAGGCGAAAAUUGAAAAAUUGAGGCAUGCGAUCAAAUUGACGACAAAGCUUGAGGACUGCAAAAAUUCAGAUUUGGUGAUUGAAGCGGUUUUUGAAGAUAUGAAAUUGAAAUUGGACUUGUUUUCAAAACUUGACAAAAUUUGCAAACAAUCGUGCAUUUUUGGCACCAAUACUUCCAGUUUGGACAUUGAUAAGAUGAGCUCCUCUCUUCAGAUUCCUUCAAAACUUGUCGGAAUUCACUUCUUCAAUCCAGCCAAUAUUAUCAAAAUGGUCGAGAUUGUUUAUGGUUCGAACACGUCUCCAAACGCAGUGGCCACCGCCUUCGAAGCUUGCAAAGCGAUGAAGAAGCUUCCGGUGCUUGUCGGAAAUUGUCCAGCAUUUGUGUUCAAUCGAUUGCUCAGCGUCUAUAUUGCUCAAACACAGAAACUGUUGUACCAGUACGGAAUGCUUCCGAAAGACGUUGACCGAAUUGUGACUUCGUUUGGAUUGUUAAUGGGUCCGCUAACUAUGUGCGAUAUGAAUGGAUUGGAUGUGAUGGAAAAGCUCAAGAAGGAGCACAAUUAUGAAUUCACACCUAUUGAGGUUGAAUUAUUGAAAAGGAAACGAUAUGGAAGGAAGUCUAACAAGGGAUAUUAUAAGUAUGAUGAGCAAACUCAUAAGAAGGAUAACGAUAUGGAAGUUGAAGAGAUUAUUCGAAAAUUGUCGGCUGAUUCAAAAUACAAUAUUCAAUUAAUAUGCGAUAAGGAUGUUCUUGAGUUUUUGUUCUUCCCCAUGAUCAAUGAGGGCUUUCUAUGCAUCGAAGAAGGAAUGAUUCAUCACGAGAGCCUUAUUGACAUUAUGUUUGUUCUCGGAUUCGGAUGGCCGGCGGUGCAUGGCGGUCCGAUGAAGUAUGGAAGAAGUGUUGGUAUAACCAAGGUUGCCAAUACAAUGAGCCUUUGGAAUUCAUUAGAGCCAAAUGACCGCGUCUACCAAAUUGCGAAUACUUUGAAAAAUUUGAAUGAUCUGCAAUUCUCCAAAAUAUAA